AUGUUUCAUUGGGACAUGUUUCAUUGGGACAUGUUUCAUUGGGACAUGUUUCAUUGGGACAUGUUUCAUUGGGACAUGUUUCAUUGGGACAUGUUUCAUUGGGACAUGUUUCAUUGGGACAUGUUUCAUUGGGACAUGUUUCAUUGGGACAUGUUUCAUUGGGACAUGUUUCAUUGGGACAUGUUUCAUUGGGACAUGUUUCAUUGGGACAUGUUUCAUUGGGACAUGUUUCAUUGGGACAUGUUUCAUUGGGACAUGUUUCAUUGGGACAUGUUUCAUUGGGACAUGUUUCAUUGGGACAUGUUUCAUUGGGACAUGUUUCAUUGGGACCU